UCGUUACGACAACUGUUGACCCAAAAUCCGUUAUAACAAAUCCUUCAAAAGUUUUUUUCCUAUUUGGUAUACCGGAAAAACUUCUUCCCUUAAUUCCCUGUCCUUCUUCUUCUUCUUCUUCUUCUUCUUCUUCUCCUUUUCACUUUCCUCUCAUCCCUCCGCCUCUCCGAAAAGCUAUUCUUUGAUGUAAUUCUCCAGCAAUUUGAUGCAGUUUGUAAAUUAGAAUCGUGAAGAUUCAACGUUAAAGGACGUUCAGUAACAGUGGUCAAUACAUAAGUAGUUGAUGUGAAUGGCCAUAUGCCUGAUGUUUUGAUGAACUCCACUCUCUAUGCAAGUGAUUUAAUACAAUGUUUGGUAAUUACAAGUCUCAGCUUAUUGGAGGACAAAAAGAAAAGUUUGUAAGGUUGGAAGACGCUAACUCUGACUUAUCAUUUAAGUCCGAUAUGGCUGGAAGGACAAAGUUUGGCUUUAAUAUAGAGGGGAUGACUACUGGUGGGCGUCCAAACAACCCAUCCAAGUCGAUAAAACUAGGAGUAAAAAGAGGAUCUGAGGGACUAAUGACAUUUGGCCGAACACUGAAAUCUGGUGUUACCCGUGCAGUUUUUCCAGAAGAUCUUAAAGUUUCUGAUAGAAAGAUAUUUGAUCCUCAAGACAAGUCUCUCCUGUUCUGGAAUAGGCUAUUGGUCAUAUCAUGUAUUUUUGCAGUAUCUGUUGAUCCUCUAUUUCUCUUCCUUCCUGUUUUUAAGAGUGAAGGGAUGUGUCUCCAUAUAGAUGAAAGUUUAGCAAAAGUAGUAAUCAGUAUGCGGACAAUACUUGAUUUGUUUUACGUCAUCCGCAUGGUUCUCCAAUUUCGAACGGCUUACAUUGCUCCCUCUUCCCGUGUUUUUGGGCGAGGCGAACUUGUUAUAGAUCCCAAACAAAUAGCAAGCAGAUAUAUCCAGCGUUAUUUUGUGGUGGAUCUUCUUUCUGUUCUUCCUUUACCGCAGCUUGCGGUAGCGAGAUAUCUUGAUGGAUCAAAAGGUUCGGAUGUAUUGGGUACAAAGAGAGCGUUAGUGGUCAUCAUCAUCCUUCAAUAUAUUCCUAGAUUUUUGCGAUUUGUUCCAUUAAGUUCGGAUUUGAAAAAGACUGCGGGGGUAUUUGCAGAAACUGCUUGGGCUGGUGCUGCAUAUUAUCUGUUGUGGUUUGUGCUGGCUAGUCACGUAAGUAACUUCUCAAGUCUGUUCAUUAUUGCAUUUGGUAGUACUGUUAAUUGCUUUUGUUUUUCCAUUCUGGGACAAGAAGAAUUACCAACUCAUGUUGCUACAAUUUAUCGUGAAUUCUUUUGCCUGAUAAGGUUCUGACAUAAAGUGACCAGUCAUUACAUAAAAUAAGAAUGUAUAUAAUUAAAAAGAUAAAACAUCAGGCUACCAUACUCUUAAGGAAUCACUUUAGUAUUUAGUGAAGCUUAGUUUUUUAUCAAAAUGCUUACUAAAAGACCCUUUAUAAGUAGUUGGUUUUCCACUCUGCUUUUUUCUGGUUCUCGGACUAGAAUAUGGAAAUUCUGUGAUAGCUGUUCCUUUUUCUAGAUUUCAUAGUACAAAUGUUAUCCCCGCCAAUAUUG